AUGGAAAAAUCGGGCAGACCACCUGGUUCUGUAAUUAUCAAAAAUGAUCAGUACAUGUAUCCAUUUAGCGAUUUGCAAUUCAAUGGUGGCAAAGCACAACCAAAAGACUCAUACCGACUUAUUAUUUCCGCUUCUGAUGGUACUACAUCGACUCGGUCAAGUUAUGAAUUGGAAAUUCAUUGUUCAUUUGAUCUAAAACAAUAUCCAUUCGAUUCGCAUUAUUGUCCUAUUGAUGUUUACACAGCUAGACAUCCCAGUAGGCGCUUAUCACUUUCUUGGUAUUAUUCAGAUGGGGCACGACUAAAUGCAAGUGCAGGUCCAGCUGGUAUGCAUACGUCGUUAGCUCCCAGUGAAAUCUGUAAUUUUGAAGAAGUGUACGCUGUUACGGAACUGAAUGCAGCUUCAGAUUACCGUCAACGACAAUCAGUUAUCUAUUCGUACAAAAUAUUUUGCACAGAAAUGAUGGAAGGUGUCUGUGAUGUAGAAACAAUGCUCUGGAAUAAUGACGUACCAUCAACGGCCUAUCUAACAGCUGCUGAUAUUUGGGUGUUUUUAUGCAAUGUAUUCAUUUUUCUGUCGUUGUUGGAAGCUGUAGCAGUGCACAUAUUAAUGAAAAUGUCACUGAAGCAACUUCUUCUUGCAAACAAAGAUGAAAGGAUACGAGCUGAAAGUCGCUAUCGCCACGAGAAGCAAGCCGCACGGAGAGGUCAUUCAUCUAGUCCGAGAUCACCUCCUACUGUUAAUGGACGAAUCUUCGAAAUAAAACAUAUCGAUCAUGACUUCCUUGGUUCAACAUCAACAUCCAACUACGAAGCCUUAAUAAAUGAUUACUUCCAUCGUUGGUCGGAUUACUACUCAGUGACAGCAGCAAGAAUUGAUUUAUCAGCACGUAUCAUAAUACCUACUGCUUAUUGCAUCGCUGCAACACUGUAUUUUUCUUUUUAUUUAUUCCUCUAA